AUGCAGAGUCUCGCUGCUGCUGCCGUCCGCACCGGGACACUGAGGCGCUCGGCCGUGCGGGGCUUCGCCUCGUCCGCCGCACGCGCGCAGGCGACGCCCCUCCAGAAGCCAGUGCUGAACAAGGAGUUCAAGAUCUACCGCUGGAACCCCGACGAGCCGUCGUCGAAGCCGACUCUGCAGUCGUACAUGGUCGACCUCAACCAGUGCGGCCCUAUGAUCCUCGACGCGCUCAUCAAGAUCAAGAACGAGCUCGACCCGACGCUCACGUUCCGCCGCUCGUGCCGCGAGGGCAUCUGCGGCUCGUGCGCGAUGAACAUCGACGGCCAGAACACGCUGGCGUGCCUGUGCAGGAUCGACCGCGGUGCGAAGGACACGAAGAUCUACCCGCUCCCGCACAUGUACAUCGUCAAGGACCUCGUGCCGGACCUGACCCAGUUCUACAAGCAGUAUAAGUCGAUCGAGCCUUACCUCCAGAACGACAACCCACCGGAGGGCCGUGAGUUCCUGCAGUCGAUAGAGGACCGGAAGAAGCUGGAUGGCAUGUACGAGUGCAUCCUGUGCGCGUGCUGCUCGACAUCGUGCCCCAGCUACUGGUGGAACCAGGACGAGUACCUCGGCCCUGCGACCCUCAUGGCUGCCUACCGUUGGAUGGCCGACUCUCGCGACACGUACACGGCGCAGCGCAAGGAGAAGAUGCAAAACGAGUUGAGCCUGUACCGCUGCCACACGAUCUUCAACUGCUCGCGCACAUGCCCGAAGGGUCUCAACCCCGCGCAGGCCAUCGCGAAGAUGAAGCUCGAGCUUGCGGCGGAGUAG